GGUGGUGCUGCUCCUGCUUGCUUCACGUUGCCGCGGAAUUACUUGUAUAUUUAGAAUAGCCCGAUGGACAGUUAGUCUGCUGGAUCGGUUUAGCGUUGUGCAUUUCCUCCAGAUGUUUUCUGGUCCCCUCUCUCUCUCUCUUCUUUCUUCCUUUCUCUUCCGCUUUCAACUUUUUCCUCUUCUUCCCGGCUUUCCCGCCUCUCAUUCCUUACUCCAUUUUUCAUUUUGUGUACAAUCGAGCACGUCUUCUUACCAGGAAUCGCUAUCAUUUAUUUUUUUAGUGUGAAAAUACAAUCCCCACAAUGGUAUACCUUCGAGGACCAACGAAGCGGACGUUGACCAUCCUCUUGGGGCUCUGCAUUUUUGUCAUCCUCUUCACCUUCACCCCAUACUCCGAUAAGGCCCUGGACCAACUGCCCGAUUAUGACUGGCGCACUUCCAGCAAAUCAUCACUCGCUCCCGAGGAAAAUCAACAACCUAUCGCGAAGCAAACACGUCCAAAGGUCGACGCAGAACAGCAGCGCCAGAAAUACGAACAGCAGGAUCAAGAGCGGAUCCUGAGGCAGAAACAACAAGAGGAAGAAAAUCGUCAGGAGGAACUAUUAGAGAAGGAAAGGUUGAAGGAGGAGGCGCAACAGAAUGACAAGGAACUCGGCGAGGUCAACAAUGACAAGAUUCUGUUUGAGAACAAAGAGACGACCAAGGAGGGAGAGAAGCAGCAGCCCAAAACCGAGCAGGAGGACGAUAAUUCCCUGGAAGAUGGUGAUCUGGAGAAACCUCAGGACGGCCUGCCUACAGAGUUCAACGAAUCGCUUUUCCCUAUUUCCUCGCAAAAGAUCCUCGAGACCAAGAUUGGCGCCAAAGCCAUGAAGGAGUAUCUUCACGGAAAGCCGCGAGCUCUGCUGUCGCGCGAUUCCGCUAUUGCCUACAUCUUGGGUCAGGCCAACAUCGCCUACCGUAACGACUCUGUUUACUCGGUCGUGCUCAAGCCCAAGUCAAAGAUCGCACCCUCGGGCGACAUUCACGACUAUACAUCGCUGGCCCGGUACUUUUGGAAGAACCCGAAAACUCCUGAUGGAUUGCCGUACAUCCGUCUCGAUGGUCAGCCCAACCCGGACAUGGACUCUGUCCACGACUAUCGAUUGCUGAGAAAGAUGUUCAGGGAUUGCUACUAUAUGGGUAUGGCGUACUUCUGGACGGGCGAGGAGCGUUAUGCAGAGAAGAUCGUCUACAGAAUCAAGGAGUGGUUUGUGGACAGAGAGACGUACAUGAAUCCGAACAUCAAGUAUGGAAGCUUGAUCUUUGGCAAUGACCUGGGUCGAGCCCAGGGUGUUCUCGACAUGUUCAAGGUCUAUGGCAUGUUUGACGGGCUGCGAGCAAUCGAGGGAUCCAAGGCUCUGCAGGCAGAGCCAGCGCUGAUCUCCGAUCUCCGAAAGUGGUUCACCUCCUAUCUCGAAUGGAUGGACGGUUCGAUUCAAGCCAACCAAGAAAAGAAUGCCAGGAACAACCACGGCACCUACUUCACUGUCCAGUACAUUUCCAUCCUCGAGUUCCUCGGCCGCAACAACGAGGCCAAGGCCAUGCUGGAGGAUGCCAAGGAGGCGCGCGUUGGAUCUCAGAUCCGCAAGGACGGUGCCCAACCUCAUGAAACCAUCCGCCCAAUCAGCUUCUUUUACUCAGUAUUUAACUUGCAGGGACUGUACUUGCUUGCGAUGCAGGCCGAUAGCCAUGGCGUUGAUCUGUGGCGUCACAAGGGACCCAUUGAGGAGAGCGUGAUUCGUGUGAAUUCGAGGGUCAGUGUCGAUAUCGUGGUCGGAGGCGGUACCAUUGAGGAUGCGACUCGGUAUGUGUCCGAUUACGGCGUGAGGGACGCAUCCGAGUGGCCAUAUCCCGACUCGGGCUCGCGCCCCAUUAAAGACGUGCACUUGAUGGCCAAGGUUGCGAGCGUAGUGUACGGACGUGACCGGUGGCAAGAGUUGAUCGAGAACCUGGAGGCCAAGAUCGACGAGGCGAUUCCUGGCAAGGGUGCUAGCGAGGAAGGCGAUAAUGGUGGUGAAGGGGCCAAGGCGGCUGUGCCGGCCGAAAGCGAUUCUAACAGCUUCAUUUGCGAGCUGGGUGUCCUCAGCAAGGGCACACUGUGGCACUGCUACAAAUAGAGAUGGAGUCUCAGUAAAGCUUAUGAACCCUGCUACACUUAGCAGUGGCUUGCUAAUAAACAACAGCAAAAAAUAAAAA